UGUUAUGUUAGUCUUCGUCUCAUGGCGCCGAUAUCAGUUGAAACCUAUCUGUAUAUCUACUAAAUUCCUGCUAUACUAUUAUAAGACGUGAUCUGGCCGUAUUGCCUCCGCUUACUCCAAGGAGGCAGGAGCCACUAACUAAGAAGAAAAAACCGUUCGCGAACUACCCAUCACUGAUAGAAACAUUUGAGAACCACAUUGAAGAUGAAAAUGCAUUUGGCAUGUUGUAUAACGAUACUGAUUUCUUUUUUAGUGUCGUGCUAUACAGAGGAAAUAGCGGAUAACUUUGUGAAAACGGAGCAUUCCAAUAAUUGGGCCGUUUUGGUCGAUACGUCACGUUUCUGGUUCAAUUAUCGACAUGUUGCAAAUGUUUUAUCUAUUUACCGAAGUGUCAAACGUUUAGGAAUACCUGAUUCGCAAAUCAUUCUGAUGAUAGCCGAUGAUAUGGCGUGCAAUCCUAGAAAUCCUAGACCAGCGACUGUUUUUAAUAACAUUAAGCAGCAUAUUAAUGUUUAUGGUGAUGAUGUAGAAGUUGACUAUAGAGGUUACGAAGUAACUGUAGAAAAUUUUGUAAGGCUGUUAACUGGACGCUUAGCUCAGGGAACUCCAAGAUCAAAAAAGUUAUUAACUGAUGAAGGUUCAAAUAUUUUAAUUUAUUUAACGGGCCAUGGUGGUAAUGGAUUUUUAAAGUUUCAAGAUUCUGAAGAAAUCACCAGUCAAGAGUUGGGGGAUGCAUUAGAACAAAUGUGGCAAAAACGGAGAUAUCACGAAAUUUUAUUUGUGGUUGACACGUGUCAAGCAAGUUCUAUGUAUGAGAAAUUUUAUUCUCCAAACAUAUUAGCAGUUGCUUCUAGUUUAGUGGGAGAAGAUUCACUUUCUCAUCACGUAGAUCCAGCCAUUGGUGUUUACAUUAUAGAUCGAUACACUUAUUAUGCAUUAAACUUUUUGGAAAAAGUAGAACCAUCUAGCAUUAAAACAUUAGGUGAAUUUUUGAAAGUAUGCCCAAGAGAUUAUUGUCUAUCUACAGUAGGUGUAAGAAGAGAUUUGUUUAGAAGGGAUCCAGAUAAAGUACCGAUACUGAACAAUUCAAGAUUAACGCAUUCCGUUAUGCCUAUUGAGCAUUCGCCAACAAGAAUUGGUACUCAAUCAUCUGACACUCAAUCUCUUAUCGACCUCCCAAUACCAGAGGAUAUGGCCAGCAAUCAACAAGAGCAGACGUUGGCCGACGUACUUGUCCCUUCAGCUAGCAUCGAGGCUGCAACGUACGCAAAAAUUCCGCCAUUUUGGAAAGAGAACCCGGCAUUGUGGUUUGCACAGGCCCUCACCCAGCUAAUUGGUUCCAAGAAAAUACAUUCCACAGCUUACCACCCAGCGUCGAAUGGUAUGAUCGAGCGUUGGCAUCGAACCCUGAAAGCUGCAAUCAUCUGCCAUAAUAAUCAGGAAUGGGUCGAUAUCUUGCCUAUGGUACUUCUUGGCCUUCGAACUAGCAUCAAAGAGAAUAGUAAGGCCUCUGCAGCAGAAUUUCUUUAUGGAACUCCUUUACGUCUUCCUGGUGAGUUCUUUAUAGAUAUAGAACCGACUAAACAACCUCGUUUGUUUCUAGAACGCCUUAGACAAAACAUCCGCUCAAUUAGACCGAUUCCUGCGUCACAUCACAGGAAAGAUAAAUCAUUUUUCCUUCAAGACCUUAAGGAUUGCACACAUGUUUUUGUUAGAGUGGAUUCAGUAAGAAAACCUUUGGAACCUCCUCACGAAGGCCCUUUUCAAGUGUUACAGCGCAUUACAGACAAGGUGUUCGAGGUGGAUGUAAACGGGAAACCCACAACUAUUUCUACGGAAAGAUUGAAGCCUGCAUUCUUCGAGGCUACUGAUCCUGUUGACCUAAGUUCAGGCAGCGUACCUUCAACAUCGCAAUCUACACCACUUCGUUCAUAUCAGGGUCCCAAAAAAGUCCAUUUCGUAGCUUAAGUUCUUAUUUAUCUAAUCUACUCGGAGGAGAGUACUGUGGCGCUCCUUUAGAUUUAAGUUGGUAUUUAUGUUUAGUUACUUUAUAUAUGUAGGUUGGUAUAUACUGUUAGAGAGAUGUUUUCCCCCUUCCUGGGGAUUACCUAACUUUUACUUGAUUACUUUGUUCGACUGAACUUCUAACGACAGUCCGUGUAUUAUUGUAUAAGCAAUAAAGAAUUUAUUA